AUGGUGUCCUGCAGGGAGUGGCCAGUCCAGGUCUUCAUGCAGCCAGCGAUCCUCACGGCAGCAGAGAGCCUGAGCCAGCUGGAAAAGUUCUUCAGUCUCCGUGCUCAAUUUGGAAGCACCUGGAAGAGAGGCGAGAGGCGGGCCGGGCAGGCCAGGAGGGAGUCUUGGAGCUUGCGAGAGGGUGACUGCUCAAAGGCAAGGGAGAGGCUGCAACGAAAGCCUUUGUGCAUCGAGAGGACUAAAGGCUCAGAGAUCUUGUUUGGGAUCGCGCCGUGCUCCCUGGCCCUCUCUCAGUCGAGAAGGGACCUGUUCAGGUUGUUCCUCAAGCAGAGCAGUGGCUCGCAGCGGCUCGUUAUGAGCGAGUUUGUCCUUCAGGCCAAGGCCCGGGGAGUCCCAGUGCACCACGUCAAGAGGAGGGAGCUGGAUGCUCUCUGCAGAGGUCAGGUCCACCAGGGUGUUUGUUUGGAGGCCACCCCUCUCCGUUUCAAGAGUUUGGAGGAAGCUGAAAAGCCUGAUCUGAGGGAUGAAGAGAGUCCAAACCGACAGCUGAUUUGGCUGGUGUUGGAGCAGAUCCAGGAUCCCAUGAACCUGGGGGCACUGCUGCGCUCUGCAUACUUCUUGGGGGUGGACAGAGUGGUGACAAGCCAGAAGAGCAGCUGCCCCUUGACUCCGACAGUGAGCAAAGCCAGCUCUGGAGCUAUGGAAGUCUUUGAUGUCUACAGCAUAGAUGAUCUCUGGAGCUUUUUGAAAGCUAAAACUGCAGAAGGCUGGGAGGUGGUGGGAACAGUCAGCAGACCUGAAGAGGUGGAAAAUGUACCUGUCAUCAGCUGCUUGGAAUUUCAAUGGAAUAAACCCAUUAUUAUAGUAAUAGGUAGUGAAGGUGAUGGACUUUCCCUAGAGACACAGCUCCUGUGCCAUCGGAUGGUGGCCAUACCCCCUGGCCGAGCGCUGCACCCCGGCAUCGAGUCGCUGAACGUCUCUGUUGCUACUGGCAUUCUCCUGCACUCCAUCUGCAGCCAAAGACUGAGCCAUGGUGAUUGA